GAGAAGAAUACCAACUUAAUUAGAUUUGAACGAUGGAGGCCUUUGUCCCUCCUACAGCGGCCUAUGUGCAUGCGUUGUCCACCAUGUUAUUUAUUACCAGGUGGGCAUGGUAAAGAACCGAACAUCAGCCAGGGCCUUAGCAUUGAAAUGCUUAGACUCGCUGGGUAAGCAUUUUUAUAUGUGCAGUCACCAUGUGUUUAAUGCUAUGAAAAUAUAGCAUCUGUCUUUCCGGAGUACAUUUUAUGCUCACGUUCAUCAUCUGCACGCGUAGCGCCGUUGAUUUUUUCCUUCUUUUGGCGCUCGCUUUGGUUCAAAGGCUUUGGAGUAAUGCGGGGGCGAUCUAACGCGCCCCAGCAGCCUGUAUCUGAUAGCAACUGGCAACGGAGUGCUAAACGAGGGUAUGCUUUUAGUGGGAUGGUAACCACCAACCAAGGUCUGGGUGAAACCGUAAUCGACUCGACAUUCGGAGAUUCGGCGGAUGAUGAGACAUGAGGCAUGGAGAAAAACGCACAGGCUGAGGAAGCCUUGAUUGCAAAGGCCAUUGGUGCCGCAGCGCUACGCCAUGCUAUUCGAGCUGCCGAGCUGUAUAUGCAGGCUGCUGGAACGGCAUCAACCAAGUCUGAGGCAACAAGACUGCGUCAUAAAUGUCAGAGUUUGAUUGCACUUGCUGAGAAGCUCAAAGCUCAAAACAACGCAACCCUGAGCAGUGGCUAUCCCGAUAUCCUGACCAAAUCCUCCAAGCUUCACGGCAAUGUCUUUCCAGCAUGGACCUCGUCUCCAUUGGACCAGGAAUUUCAAAUUCCUCCAGGUGGCAAUCUUUUCACCGAUGAUGCCCCGUUUGCUUUGUCACCGUCACAAGCAGAGAACUUUGCUUCGUGGAGUCGGCCUCAGGAGUUGUUUGCAGAAGAAACUGAGAUCGAUGAUGAGUCAGUUAUGAUUGCAACGAGAGACUGCAACUUCGUUCAAGACAUCACUACGGACUGCUCUGUCGUUGCCAGCUUAUGUGCGGCGCUUGAAGUCUUGGUUGGCAAGCAUGCCGUACUGUCCUCAAUAUUUCAUCCGUUUGAUCGUAUCCAUGGACGACCUCGAGUAUCACGCUCAGGAAAAUAUGUGAUGAAGAUGAAUUUCAAUGGGUGUUCCAGACGAGUUGUCAUUGACGACAGACUGCCUGCCUCGAAGACAGACCGCACAUUAUUUGUUGUUGAUCGGCGGAAUCCUACCUUAGUCUGGCCUGCGCUUCUCGAGAAAGCAUACUUAAAGGUUCGCGGAGGAUACGAUUUUCCAGGUAGUAACUCGGGAACUGAUCUGUGGGUGCUGACGGGAUGGAUUCCCGAACAAAUUUUCUUACAGCGUGAAGAUUUUGAUUUGAAUGAGACUUGGAUCCGUAUCAAGCGCGCAUACGAUGUCCAAGAUGUCGUUAUAACCCUUGGAACAGGUAGAGUAUCGGCAGAAGAAGAAGAAGUCAUGGGUCUCGUUGGUGAGCAUGACUAUGCUGUCCUUGAGUUGGACACUACUGGAGAUACUCGCAGGCUUUUGAUUAAGAAUCCAUGGUGCAAUGGCCCAAUAUGGACAGGUGCAGGUUGGGCUACACCACAGCAGUCUCCAGCGCCGAGCUUAUCAUUAGCAGAUGAUGGCCAUGAGAGCCCUGCGUCCGCCGGUACACUAUGGGUUGCUCUUGAAGACGUAGCCCAGCAUUUUGAGUCCAUGUACCUCAACUGGAACCCAUCUCUUUUCCCAAAUCGAACUGAUCUGCAUUUUCGCUGGGAAAAACCUGCUAGCCACGCAGCCUCAUCUCUAAUUGAAAACAAACAGUUCUCUGUGACGCCUGCACAGGCAGGACCAGUUUGGAUUCUUAUCAGUCGACAUUUUGUGGACGCUGAGCUUGAUAUCAUGCGAAAACAGGCAGGAUCCAUGGCUGCAGUAUCGCAACAGCUCGGAUAUAUGAGUAUUCUGGUUUUCAAAAACAAAGGCAAGCGAGUACAAGUUAGUGGCGAUGAGAUAUACUGUGGCCCGUAUGUGGACUCGCCGCAAACUCUUGCUAGGCUCGAUGCCGAUGCCAACACCAGUUAUACCGUCGUUCUCGACCAGCAAGAGCUUCCAUUGCCAAGCUACUCAUUCACAUUAUCUGUAUUCUCUCACAACAGCGUCUCACUCACAGAAGCAAAUGAAGAAAUGUCCCAUUUUGCUGAACAAGGUGGUAGCUGGACCAGACGCACAGCUGGAGGCAAUUCGUCAUGCCCAACAUACUUCAUCAACCCCCAGUAUAAGCUGACAAUCGACAAAGCGUCACCAAUAUCCAUAUUGAUCGCUUCAGAUACGAGAGAUAUCCAUGUGCAUGUCGAUUUGGUUUGGGCAUUCGGUCGCCGAGCGGUCUCUGUACGAGCCAAGGAUGUUGCAACAUCGUCAGGUGAAUACCGCAAAGGCUGCGCUGUUGCCAGCCUCUCCAUCCUACAGCCAGGAUCAUAUACCCUGAUAUGUUCGACAUUUGAGCCCGGCCAAAUCGCCAAUUUUGCGGUACGAGCGUCGUCAACCACCUCUGUUAGCCUGGAGCCUGUGCCUGCUGAUGCGGCGGGCAGGCUGCGCAAGACUCUUAACCUUCUAAAGUUAGCGGAGCAUGAGGAGAGAUAUCGUGUACCAAUCAGUGCAGCUUGGCUGACGAGAAGCUAUGUAUGUGCCAGGCAUGUUUUACCCAAAAAUGCAGAGUAUGGUUCGCGCAGUGCGCCGUCGCUGAUGAUUCGCCUAUCAAUCGUCCACGGUUGGGGAUCGCAGCAAGUUUUGCUUGCAGAGUCGGGUGAAGGAGAGUUCCAGGAAACAUCCACAGUCAUUCGUACACCUGAAUUUGAUAUUGAGCCAAGCAGGGUAGAGCGAGAGGGCAUGUGGCUGAUUCUAGAAACAAUUGGCAUGCGUCACUCUAUCACGGCCAUUGAGAGUGACGUCUUUAGCGAUUCAUCAGUUGAAGCGGGUGAAUGGGAAAUAUGGUAGUCAAAAAGCAUAUUCUUUUUAUGGAUGUUAAUUAUAGCUUGUUACAAGUCAUGGGGUCGAGCAUAAAUGUAUGUUAGAUCAUCAAGGUAUAUAUAUAUAUUGCCAUGCAGAGGUCGGCUGAUUACAAUGCUAGUAGUAAUAAAUCCGCUAAAAUCAUUGUGCUCAUCGCUUAAAAGACACACUACGAGGAACUAUUGCCCCGUCUCCUUCUGCCACGAUUAGGACCGUCGGGUCGCUGGGCUAGCACAUCACGCAAGAGGGGGUCGUCUUUAUCCUUAUCAACAUGAUGCACUCGUACAUGUCUGUCCCUUGCUGUUAGCCCAAAGAGUUUCUCAUCACGGUUGCUAAAGUAUCUCACCUCUGUAAGUUAUCCGGACGGGGGUAGCGAUGUUCUCUGUCGGGACAAAAUGGGCAGAUAUAUCCAGGUGAAUCAUGAACAAGCCCGUGCCGAAUCAUUUCAUUUUUCCUUUUGAAUCCCUUCCCACCUUCGCUGCGAGGACAACCCUGUACAGGACAAUAAUGAGGUCGAGCAGAAGAAUGUACAUUGGCGUGAGAGUUGAGUAGAUACUGUGUCUGGAACGGUUGGGCUUUGCAUCCGGGAUAUGAACAGACAAAGCUGCCUGCCGUAGUGCUGGAUACAGUAUCGGCCUGUGAUAACGACGGCGACGUGAUGCCUGCUGAUACAGGACUUUCACUGUUGUGAGCUGAAGCAUUACUACGCAUAGAGCUGUCAAAUGGCGAGCGUCCGGUAGAUGAGAUGGGUGGCAUUUGUAUUGUUACAGAGCCUCGAGGCGGCAAGGACACUCGGUAACUUUGGUCUGGGGACAUGGGAGGUGAAGGCGCCAUGUUAUGAUUGCGAUGUUGAGAGUGGCCAAAUGCAGACUCGUGGCUAGAUCGGUUGGUUACCCUGGGUUCAAUGCCUCUACUCGAUUCCAGCGGCGGAAGAGUGUUGAGGUCUCCGAGGGUAGAGCGAAUCGAAGGGAGUGACUGCACUCCCUGGUCCAGUCUUGGGUAGUCAAUCUGAAGAGGAGGCAAUUCCCCGCUUGGCGUUAGUAUAUCGGGAGCCAUUCUCUUUUCAGAAGGUCUGGCGUAGUCAUGCCGGCUGCGGGGGACUUGGUCGGGAUAGGUGGGCGAACAGUCAUCGUGGAUGGAGAGGAACUGUGUUGACGAAGAUAUAUCCCGAUGGUACUGUGAAAGAAGGGCAUCGUCGCCGUUGUCGGUGCGGUAGUUUGUGUGCAUCUUUUUAUACACUGUAGAGGUGUGUGGGAGAUCUGGUGGUGUAGAGAUCCUACACCGGGUCGAGUUUGAGUAGCCUAGGAGCUCUGGCGAGACGCUCGGCGAUGAGUCGACGGGCGUUAGCGACGUUCUAGGAUGCGGGAUACUCCUUGGAGUAAUUGCUGGCUGUCUUGGCUGCUCCUGUUGACGACUCCCUAGUUGUGAUGAAUAGCAGUCCCUUUGGCGGUGGAGGGACGUCAUUAUUUGCUGGUCCUAGUGGUAGCCGGAAAAGAAGCAAACUACUGCUUGUAGCUCUGAAUUGACCCGACUGCAAAUUCCGACCUGUCGGAAGGUUCUUAUAUCGAGAAGUCAGAUGUGGUUGAAAUGGUGGUGUAAAAGAGUGAAUUUGCCAGACUUGGGUGCCCCGAGUAUACUUCGUCUGACAGCGUAGACGCCGAUGCUGACGGGUUGUUGGGCUUGACUCUUAAGGACAAUUAGAACACAAGAAAGGCGUUUGACAAGCGAAAAGACGCUUGUAAGUGUUGCUAUAUUAAUUCCAACAAUCUUUCGGAUAACUUCCUCGCUUUGUGCUAAUAGUCAGGAGCGCUUUAGGUCGCUGUUGUUCAGUCAGGCGGCUUGGCUGACCCGAACCAAUGCUCCGGGAUCAAUAUAAGACAGGCGAGAAUGCAAUGAGCACGAUAUUGAAGGAAGAAAGGAAAGAGAAACCCAAAAGAGAGGAUAAAGUAAUUACAAGAGACGCCAGCCGAAGAAGUGUAGAGGAAGUAAGAUGAGGAUGAUGCGAAUGGAGAGGUGGGCGGCGGCUGAGCGACAAAGGUGAGAGAAGGAGGAGGGAGUCCGGGCCAAGACAACCGAAGCAGGCAAGGCGCCACGAAAGAGAGUAAAGUGACGGGGUUUGGUUGCAGGUAUGGGGGAUAGCGUACGCG